AUGAACACAAUGCGAUCAUUACGACCAGCCAUUAGACUCGCGCAAAGCGCCUCGCGACCGCUAUCGCGUAUUCCCGCAGCACUCUCACAACGCCACUUCUCGCAGUCACAAUCACAUCGGGAACUAGGCCCACCGUUGAACAUACCAAAAUGGGUCUCCGAAAACUCCCACAUGCUCAAACCUCCAAUCAACAACUAUUGCGUCUACUCCGACCCCGUAACCGUAAUGAUAGUCGGCGGCCCUAACGAACGAACCGACUACCACAUCAACGAAACUGCAGAAUGGUUCUACCAACACAAAGGUUCCAUGCUCCUCAAAGUUGUCGAUACCUCGUUACCACCGGGUCAGCAGUUCAAAGACAUACAUAUAAAUGAAGGAGACAUGUUUUUGCUGCCCCCAAAUACUCCGCAUAAUCCCGUGCGCUUCAAAGAUACGGUAGGUGUGGUGCUGGAGCAGAAAAGGCCGGAGGGUAGCCUGGAUAGGCUGAGGUGGUAUUGUCAGAAUUGUGGUGACAAAGUGUACGAAGCAGCAUUCCAUUGUACGGAUCUCGGCACGCAGAUCAAGGACGCGGUGAAUGCUUUCAAGGCGGAUACGGAGAAGAGAACAUGUAAGAGCUGCGGAACACUUUGUGAUACUGCGCCGCAGCCAAAGAAGGCCUGA